AUAAAAUCCCAAAAAAAAUGGUCUGUGCCAUGAUUGGAUAAAGUCGGUGAUUUUAAUCCAUUACAAUGGGAUUAAGAUUACAGAAAAAAAAUGUAAAAUGAUUUCAGCUAUAUACACAACGAAUGCAGAGUAUUGAAUAUUUCAUAAGAAGAAUGAACUACACCAUAUGCAUCUUAAUUCAAUUGCAAUAGGAUUGGGUUUCGGCUAUAUCAAAUUUACUGCCAGUAUUGAAAAAUGAACGACACCAAUCUUAAAAUUAUUUCAUCAAUAUCACAUAGAGAUCACAAAAAACAGCAAAUUGGGUUUAUGUGAUCAGGAUUUAAGAGCGCAAAUAUGCAUCUUAAUUCAAUUGCAAUAAUUAAAUUGGGGAAAACCUGGACCGUAGGUGCGAGAUUUCGGUGCGACGGGAAGGAGGCCGCCGUUGCUGUGUGAUCAAUGGAGAUUUAGGGGAGACGGGAAGAAAGCUCCGAUUGACGGAGAUUUCUGGUGCUGGUUCUUCCGAUUUGGCCCACGCGGUCGUCUGCGCCUCACGAUCGGGAAGAAGGCUUCUCCUUCAGAUUUGAUUCGCGAUGGGGAAUCGCAGAGGAGAACGGCGAUGCGAUGCACAGCGUCGAAAAAAAAAAUUAGGGUUGAGCAAGUGCCGUGUUGUGGGAGAUGUGUCUUAAUAGCUUCCUUAUAUAGGGAAGAGCUUCGUAGGGCACCUGGAACAUGGAGAUGGAUGCUUGGAGUGGCAUGUCUCCCAGCUCUGAUUCAGUUCAUACUCAUGCUGCUUCUCCCCGAGUCGCCCCGGUGGCUCUACCGCAAGGGCCGAGAAAGCGAGGCCGAGGCCAUACUAAGCAAGUUGUACUCCACAGAUGAACUGGAAAUGGAAAUCCAAGCACUCAAAGAAUCAAUCCAAAACGAGAGCUCAUCAGGAGAUAAUCAUCAUCAGAAGAAGGUGAACGUGGUGACCCUCCUGCAAUCCACGGCGGUGCGGAGGGGGCUCAUCGCCGGCGUCGGCCUCCAAGUCUUCCAGCAGUUCGUCGGCAUCAACACCGUCAUGUACUACAGCCCCACCAUCGUGCAGCUCGCCGGCUUCGCCUCCAACCGCACCGCCCUCCUCCUCUCCCUCGUCACCGCUGGCCUCAACGCCCUCGGCUCCGUCGUAAGCAUUUUCUUCAUCGACCGGACCGGAAGGAAGAAGCUCCUCGUCGUUAGCCUCGUCGGCGUCGCGGUCUCUCUCGGCUUCCUCACCGCUGUCUUCCACGAGGCCGCAUCCCGUUCCCCCGCCGUGAGCGUCACCGACACCUCCCGCUUCAACGGGUCGUCCCUCGCUUGCCCCUCGCACCCCGGGAAAUGGGACUGCGCCGAGUGCCUGAGGGGCUCGUGCGGGUUCUGCGCUUCGUCUGCGGGAAAGAUGCUCCCCGGCGCGUGCUUGGCCGAGGGCGACGCGGCGAAGGGCGCGUGCCGCGGGGAGCGGAGGUUGUGGUACACGAGGGGGUGCCCGAGCCGCUUCGGGUGGCUGGCGCUGGUCGGCAUGGCGUUGUACAUCAUCUUCUUCUCCCCGGGGAUGGGGACCGUCCCGUGGAUCGUCAACUCCGAGAUAUACCCCCUGAGGCUCAGAGGCGUGUGCGGGGGGAUAGCCGCGACGGCGUGUUGGGUUUCGAACCUCAUCGUCGCGCAGUCGUUCCUGUCCCUGACUCGCGCCAUCGGGACCUCGUGGACGUUCCUCGCCUUCGGGGUGAUUUCGGUUUUCGGGCUGUUGUUCGUCCUCGUUUGUGUGCCGGAGACGAAGGGGCUCCACAUCGAGGACAUCGAGAAGAUGUUGGAGGGAAGAGCGUUACACUUGAAAUUCUGGAACAAUGGGGCGGCCCCAAAGAAGCCGCCCCAUGGUGAUGUGGAAACGUAAUGUGAUGAAUUAUGGGAUCGGGAUACGGAGACACUUCGAGCGAUCUCAGACACCAAUAAAAGACCAAAAAUGCAUCAAACUCAAGACUAUGAUGCAUGCAAAAAGAAUAUAAGGCCAAUGUGAUUUAACACCAAAUUGACAUGGAGAAGAAUGUUGGGAUUUUAAGCCCGUAAGAUACCGAAAAAUAUUGAGAACACCAGAAAAAUGAGAGAACAAACACAAAAAGAAUAUAUGAGAGAAAAAAUUAUAUUUCCACUAUUUCAGGACAAUAUACAAAAAACUCUCCCCUGUUUACAAGACUAAAUUUCAGACACUCAUAAACAGAUCUUUCCACAUCCUAUGCCCGGAUGUAUUUUUCCGAGUAACUAAAACCAGUAACUCCCUACACUCACCCACACUCACCAAGACCCCUUGGAUUUUCCCGGUGGUAUUCUUGUGUAGAACCCUCUUCCUCUUCUCUCUCUACCUUGGUGU